GCGCGUGUGUGUCUGUGCUUCUUUAGCGCAGUGAGGAGCUGCACAGUGUGUGUUCGUGCGUGAGUUUUGAACGGCACAGCGCGGCGCCAGAGCCGAAACGCGGAGAAGAGCACUGCUCAGUGAUCCUUCCUUAUAACCAAGUGUGACGGGCCGUAAGGAAGAGUGGUUCAAUCGCCGUCUGUAACUUUCGUUGGCAGUGACUAUUUCAAUUGAUUUAUUUCACUGGCACCAGACAAGCUUGUUUCUGCGAGAUGGAAUGCAACUAGUAAAUUUCUAAUUUCGUAAUCUCGUCAGCAGUUCGCCAUCGUCUCAACAGGUCAAGCUGCAGAUCAGAGGUCGGGGCGCGAUGAGGCUGGUGCGCCGGGUGGCGGCGGCGGUGCUGCUAACCACGCUGCUGGCGGCCGUGACCCAGGCUGACCUCGGUGACCUCAAUGAUCGGCUCGAGGCCGUCAUGAAGAAGCAGCGUCAGAUCGAGGACGUGGUCAGCCGGAGUCGAGCCGUCGGCCGCGGCAUCAACUUCUACGACGUCGCCAGGACAGUGGCCGGGCCCAACUACACCCAGCUGAUGCUGGAGACCAUCGAGGACGUGAACGCGCUGGACGAGCUGGAGCUGAUGCGUCUGAUCAAGCUGCACCAGGUGCUGACGCCGCCCCGGGACCAGCUCAUCAUCCAGCCGGAGCACGCGUGGAACACGGCCGAGCCCGAGUACAGUCCGGCCCAGAUGAGGGGCAUCUUCGACUUCCUAACGCCGCCGCCGCUCGUGAUCCCGCAGAAGUGCAGUUACAGGGGCUCGCAGUACGACUGCGGCGUCAGCGUGGGCUGCGUGCUGCGCGGCAGGAAGGCCAUCGACCUGUGCGACGGCGGCAUGGUCUGGAGCUGCUGCGUGCCCAGAGACGUGGCCGACAAAGACUACGCCGCCGAGGCCACCGUGUCUAACGCCGGUGCCAACAUCUCGAACACAUCUAUUGCUCUUGAUACAGCCGGUCUUGGUCCCCUAUCGUCUGACUUACCGACUAACUUUGACGCUUCCCACGCGACUGGCCCGUCCCCUGACCUGGCCGCGGCCGGCUCGGCGCCCCGUCCCCAGGUCACCACCAUGCGCGCGCUCACCCUGCCCUCCUACUACGGUCACCACGGCCGGCCCGAGCGGCCCGAGCGGCCCAGCCGGCCGUACCGCACGCCGCGGCCGCACCCCGUCUCCAUCAUCCCCAUCCUCGACGAGCCCAACCCCGAGACCAACCACGUCGGCGGCCACGCGGACGGCGACGUGCCCAGCUUCGGGCCCGUGUUCGAUAACCGUCCGUUCGUGGUGCUCCGGCCGCUGCGGCCCGGCACGGGGUACGUGUCGGGCUCUGGCCGUCCCCCCGUCCGGCCAGCGCGGCCCUCCCGCCCGCUGGCCGGCCUGCCCCCGCCGAGCCGGCCCGGUCUCCGACCCGACCCCGACGCGGACAGUAACCAUGUAGACCGGCCGCAGCGCCCGCUCCGGCCCAGUUCGAGCUCGGCAGACGCCAAGUGCGGUCAGGUGUACAGUCGCACCAACCGAAUCGUCGGAGGUCACGACUCGUCGUUCGGCUCGCACCCCUGGCAGGCUGCACUUAUCAAAGAAGGCUUCUUCUCCAAGAGGAUUGCUUGCGGCGGUGCCCUGGUCAACAAACGAUGGGUGGUCACCGCGGCCCAUUGCGUUUACAGAGCCGACAUAUCGAGUAUGAAGAUCCGUCUGGGCGAGUACAACGUCCGAGAGUACUCUGAGCGCUAUCCGCACGAGGACUACUCGCUGGAGCGGAAAGUGGUGCAUCCCAAAUACAACCCGUCCAACUUCGAGAACGACCUGUCCAUGGUGAAGCUGAGCAAGGACGUGGUGUUUAAGGAGCACAUCGUGCCCGUCUGUCUGCCCAACACAGACGAGUCCUUUGUCGGCGACACGGCCACCGCCAUCGGCUGGGGACGCACCGCGCAUGGUGUGGCGUCCACGCCGAACGUGCUUCAGGAGGUGGACGUGGUGGUCAUUGACCAGCAGACCUGCCAGAACUGGUACAAGGGCGCCGGCCGACGCGAGGUCAUCCACAAGGUGUUCCUCUGCGCCGGCUACAAGGACGGAGGACGCGACAGCUGUCAGGGUGACAGCGGCGGCCCGCUGACACUAUACAAGGGAGGCCGGCGGACCCUGAUCGGUCUGGUGAGCUGGGGAAUCGGCUGCGCGCGCGCCGGACUGCCAGGAGUCUACACCAACAUCGCCAAGUUCAUGCCCUGGAUCAACAACUACAUCAACACGUAGGCGGGCGGCGGACAGCGCGACGUGAAGGUGCCAUAACCAGCGCCGGUCGUGAGGAGCCCCGCACGCGGGGCGCUACCAGCACUGGAAGGCGAAUGUGUGGUGCAGCUGCAGCGACACCUAUGGCAGUGAGCUGAACGACAGCUGUACGCUAUCGCCGCUGUGAGCGCUGGCGCUGUUCAAGGCU